UGCCAUUCUUUCUCAUUCUGGUGCAACUUUAAACAUCAACAUCAACAUCAACAUCAACAUCAACAUCAACAUCAACAUCAACAUCAACAUCAACAUCAACAAACCAGUGAAGAAAAUAAUGCAGAACUCGAAAAUUUAAGGGAACAGAUGAGACGUGAUGUACAAAAUUACAAAAAAGAAAUCAUUAUCUCUGGUAUUUAUAAUGACACAUAUGAAUAUAGGCAUAUCAUUCUUCCCAAACAAAUUGCUCGUUAUCUCCCUGAUAAGAAAUACAAGAUCUUGUUACAAGAAAAGGAAUAUCGUCGACUAGAUGUGAACAUAUCAUUAGGAUGGCAACAUUAUAUGACUUAUAAACCCGAACCCAAUAUCCUCUUGUUAAGACGCAACUUUGAAGAUGCAAAAAGAGGCAUGAAAUUAGAAAAUUAUCAUCCACAGAAUACUAGACGCGUGCCGGGUUCAAACGAACUACUAAUAGAAUCAAUAAGGAAAAGUCAGAAGCAGUUCGAACAGUUGAAAAGCCGCUAUUACAACAAAUAGAAAGCCAAACAACUAUACAAGAUUAUCAUGAUGAUAAGAUACAAUCACCAUCUCCAAUGGAGCAACAUUCUUCCUAUUAUACUGGUGAUACUGAAAGCGAUGGCGAAUCCGAAGAAGAAACAAAGGAAUUUUCUACUCA